AUGAGGCUAUCUGUAUUUUUUCACUCGGCGGGCUCGCGAGUUCCGCGGAGGCCCGUGCACCCGACGGAGCCGCGGCGCGGCGCCGCCCCGCUCCGUUCGCGGUCUCCAUGGCGACCAGCUCAAAUGACGUAUCGAUCCCUCGUGGGGGCGGGGGCGCCGCGGGGUGGCGCCGCUCCACCCGCCGCCGCCACCCUUGCACCCCAGCCACCGCCACUCGACCGUUGGCCCAUGCAAAAUGACGGAUGUAAAGUUUGGAUAUACCUCCUUGGAAGGAAA